ACGUAAGCAACCGUCCUUCCAAUUCGCGGGUUUUUGUGGAAAUUAAUAGAUAUUAAAUUAAAUAUUAAUGCAACCCACAUAUUAUUUAUUAUUAAGUUGUUACUAUUAAAAAAAAAAAAUUGUUUUGUUACCCAACUAUUCCAUUUGUUUAGUAAACUAAAACAACAAUACAUUUCAUAAAAACAAAACCAAUUAUUUUUAUUAUAUUUUAAGUUUUUUUUGUCUGAAUGUACUGUUUUAUAACAGAUUUGUGUGAGAGAACAUGACACAAAGUGAAGCGAAUCCCGUCAAAUUAGUUGUUAAUUCUUUAAUAAUAACGUAAUGAAUUUAGCUUAUUUAUAUUCAAUGACUUUGAGAUAGUAUAUAACUACUUAAUUGGAGUAGCUCUAACAAUUUAAAACAAUACUAAAGUUUGUACUUCGCUAAAAGAUUGAAGACCCUUAAAGCAUAAUAUGAGAAAUUUAAUUGAAGCAUAAGUUAGAUAUAUCAUUUUAUUUAAAUGGUAUCAAUAAAAAUAUGGAAGAUACAAAUAAAGAGUCUUGUUCAAAUAACAAUGAAUCAUCCAAGUUGUCCACUGAUUCAGCAAAUAAUUUUCAACCCCCCACAUUGCUAAAAAUUCAGGAAAGUAAUAGCAACAAAAAAGAAACUGUUUUAUUGGUCACAAAUAAGAAUAUUAUUAGCAAAUGUUGUAUACCAGGUUGCAUAAGUGGUACUGCUCGUGAAAGACAAAAUAUGAUAAACUUUAAAGUUCCAAAAGCUUCUAUGUUUUGUCCUUCAAAGAAAGUUUUAGGUACUUGGAAUGCAGCAUUUGGCUUACAAUUGACAGAGAAUAGUGUUGUAUGUGAGAGACACUUUAGGAAAGAAGAUGUUGUUUAUCGAAAAGUUUUUGUUCCGAAUAGUGGUAUUACUGAAGUUGCAACAUUGGUCAGUGGCGCUAUUCCGUUUGUAGUAGAAACACAUGCAAGUGUAAAACGACCAAAUUCUACUAUUAACAAGGAUGAGUUAUCUAAAAAGCAUAAAAUUCAAUUAACAGGUCAGCCAAAACCGAUUAAAUGUAUUGAUAUAACUGAUGAAGAAGAAAAAGAAACUACUGAAGUAGUCAACACAACUAUUAUUAUACAACAAACAUCGACUGCUACAGAAUGUAUUAACAAACAUAAAUCAAUCUCUUUAAAUAAUGCAGUGACAAACAAUUUUGAGUCUAUUGAACAGCCAAACAUAUCGGUAUCUUUGUCAAAUAGCCAAUCUUCAAAAAAUGUUAUUCUAAAUUGUUCCAAUGUCACACCUGUCCUAUUACCUACAAUUAGUAAAAGUAUAUCUCAACCUUCACAAACGCCUCAAAUAAAUAACCCUACUACUCAAAUUAGUGGACCAUCAACAUUAUUAGAUAAAGAUUCGAUUUCAAAACAUGAUUUGCCAUAUAAAAAAUGUUUAUUAAAUAGUGAAAUUAUUGAUAGUAAUGAUUCUUCAAUUUUUAAAGAUAUCAGUUCUCUUCAUCGAAUUUGUAAAAAAUUAGAACUACCUAAUAUUCUUUGGGCUGGACAAUAUAUUCCGACACAAGACACAACUAUGUUUUUACAAUAUGAUGAAAAUAAUACUGUAGUAAAAACAAUCAGGUUUAAGAAUAGCCUUGUACCACUAAUAGUUAUAAAUAAAAAAGUAUAUGAUUACAAAAAAUCAAUUCAAAAUAAAAUCGAAUUGGAAAGUCUUUUAGAACAAAUAGAUAAUAUUGAGAUAUGUCUGGGUAAUUUUGGAGUAGUCAGUAAGAAUUGUAAAGGUUAUUUUGAAGAUGACUUAAAUAAUCAUACAACUAUGAUGUGUUUCAACUGUCAAAAAGUUUCCAAAGACUCAAAUUAUUUAAAAAUAAAAGCAGGAAUUAAUGAAAAAGCAAGGGAAAUUAAGCAGCUUGAAGAACGGGUUUCAUUAAUGGAGGAAAGAGUGUUAAGAGCUAAACAAAGUUUAUUAAAAAAAAGGUCAAAACAAAAUCUUAAAAAUAUAUUAUUAGCUAUUAGUCCAUUUGGAUUUUUAAAUGCAAUCGGACCUUCUGAAUUAUAAAAAUAGUUUUUUGAAACUGAACUAAGAAUACAACAAAAUUUGUUACAAAAGAUGCCAAAUGAAAAAUCUUAAAAAUCAAUGAUUACCUACAAGUUUAUUAAGUUUCAACUGUAAAUUUAAUGUCGGUUACUGGGCUAAAUGGCCAUGUUUAAAUUUUAUAUUGUAAUGUUAUAAAUUAUGAAAACUCAUUUGAUUUUUGUGUAUUUUUUAUAAUUAUUUAAAAAAUUAAAAUGUAAUAAAUUAUGCUGA